AUGCCACAUAUUCUCCAGAGAAACUUGACAGCAGUCAGUGUACCUGAGAAUGCCACAGAUUCUCCAGAGAAACCUGACAGCAGUGUACCCGGGAAUGCCACAUAUUCUCCAGAGAAACUUGACAGCAGUGUACCUGAGAAUGCCACAUAUUCUCCAGAGAAACUUGACAGCAGUGUACCUGAGAAUGCCACAGAUUCUCCAGAGAAACCUGACAGCAGUGUCACUGGGAAUGCCAAAGAUUCUCCAGAAAAAGUUGACAGCAGUGUACCUGAGAAUGCCACAUAUUCUCCAGAGAAACUUGACAGCAGUGUACCUGAGAAUGACACUGAUCUUCCAGAGAAACUUGACAGCAGUGUACCUGGGAAUGCCAAAGACUCUAAAGAAAAAGUUGACAGCAGUGUACCUUGGAAUGCCACGGAUUCUUCAGAGAAACCUGACAGCUGUGUACCUGGGAAUGCAAAGGAUUUUCCAGAGAAACCUGACAGCAGUGUACCUUGGAAUGCCAUAUAUUCUCCAGAGAAACUUAACAGCAAAGUUCCUGUGAAUGCCACAGAUUCUCCAGAGAAACUUGACAGCUGUGUACCUGGGAAUGCAAAGGAUUUUCCAGAGAAACCUGACAGCAGUGUACCUUGGAAUGCCACGGAUUCUCCAGAGAAACCUGACAGCUGUGUACCCGGGAAUGCCACUGAUCCUCCAGAGGAACUUGACAGCCGUGUACCUGGGAAUGCCACAGAUUUUCCAGAGAAACUUGACAGCUUUCUACACCAUGAUUUUGUUGGUGAUGAUGAUGAGUUUUCUUUUUCGGAUUCCAAUGAUUCUGAUUAUUCACCUUCAGAAGAUACUGAUCAGGGUUCUAGUGAUACAGAUGACAAUGCAGUUUGUUCCUUGCUACAUUUAAAAGAUUCAUCCAAUCCUUCCGAUUAUGUCAGUGACAGUAAUGAUUCUGAGAAAAGUAUUGUUGUUCCAAUAUCUAUCCCUUUUGAAACUAGGGGUUCUAGUGAUACAGAUGACAAUGCAGUUCAUUCCUUGCUACCUUUGAAAGAUUCAUCCAAUCCUCCCGAUUAUGUCAGUGACAGUAAUGAUUCUGAGAGAAGUAUUGUUGUGCCAAUAUCUAUCCCUUUGGAAACUAUCACUGUACAGAAAACCAACACAGAGAAAGGAAAGCAGAAAUGGGACAAAAAACAUGCAUGCAAAUUUUGUGGAAAAUUGUACCCAAAACUGGCUAGACACUUGGAAACAAUGAACAAAAAUGAAGUUAUUGUAGCUAAGGCUCUUUCCUUACCCAAAAACAGUGCCGAAAGAAAAGAAAUUUGGAAAACAAUAAGAAAUGAAGAAGACUGGGAUCACAACUUCAACGUUCUGAAAAAUGGAACUGGAACAUUAAUACCGAAGUAUAGAGAGCAGAAGACCAGAGCACAUAGUGAAUUUAUACCAUGUAGUGGUUGCAAGGGUUUGUACUCCAACACUUCAUUGAGUGAUCAUUUUAAGACGUGUUAG